AUGCCGUGGAUGUCUGAUCUGGUCACAAUCCAUGAAAUUUGCCACAUUGAGCAGGAAAUUCAUGCAUCAGUCAAGGUAACAUCCUCUAACUCUUCUUGGUUAUUUUCAGCUAUAUAUGCUAGUCCUAGAUUAAAAGAAAGAGAAAUUCUCUGGGAAAAUCUUAAGAUUGUUGCGUCCAAGUAUGAUUUACCAUGGCUAGUUGUUGGUGAUCUUAAUGAAGUGUUGACUUCAGAGGAUAAAAGAGGGGGCGCACCGGUUUCAAGUGCUAAACUUAGAAAGGUCCAUUCCUGUUUGAACCAUUGUAACCUUAUUGACCUUGGCUUUAAGGGGGCUAAAUUCACUUGGUCAAACUUGAGAUAUGCCCAACAGCUUAUCCAAGAGAGAAUUGAUUAUGUUCCAAAUAAUCCUCCUUGGAAAUUCCUUCACCCUAUUGCAAUGAUCUCCCAUCUGCCUAGGGUCAGAUCAGACUACCGCCCAGUCCUCAUUUUACUUAAAGUUAACCCUUUCUCUUUCAGGGACAAUCCAUUUCGUUUCCAAAGAAUGCGGCUCGAUCACCUUCACUUUUUGCGUGUCCUUGAACUAGGUUGGUCUCAAAGAAACUUGCCCCUUUCACAAACCAUCGAAACCUUCACUGAUCAAUUCAAAUUAUGGAAAAGGGAAACCUUUGGAAAUGUGUUCCAUAAAAAAUGA